AUGCCAGCCAAAGAUUGUAGCGAUGUCUCAGAACAGACCCAUGCCACGGCAUUGACGGAAGAGGAGCUUGUGGUAGAGAAGAAACUGCGCCGGAAGCUCGAUCUAAUGAUUAUGCCACUUAUGAUUUGGACCUACUUGAUGAACUACAUUGACCGAAAUAACUAUGCUGCGGCGCGUCUCCAGGGCCUCGAGGAGGAUCUGAAACUAACGGAUACACAAUAUCGAGUCGGCCUUUCUGUUCUCUUCAUAACUUAUGUUUUGGGCCAACUUCCAUCGAAUAUGAUGCUUAACUAUAUUGGGAAGCCCUCGUACUACCUUGGAUUCUUUACAAUUGCUUGGGGCCUAGUCUCUGCGCUUACCUCGCUCGUUCAAGGGUUCUCUGGAAUUGUUGUUUGUCGGCUAUUCCUGGGUCUUGUCGAGGCGCCUUUCUUUCCGGGUGUCAUCUUCUACCUGUCAAAAUGGUACACGAAGAAAGAGCUCUCGCUCCGCAUGGCCCUCUUUUAUAAUGGCUCGCUCAUUGCCGGAGCAUUUGGGAACUUGAUUGCGUCUGGAAUCUUGAAAGAAACGUGGAACGGGCUUGACCCCAAAAUGGCCCAUGUGGCGAAGCGCCGACUCCUGCUAGAUGCCUCGGAGGAAGACGUGGAUAUGAGGGGGUCUAAAGCGCAGUUCGACGGAUUGAAGCUUGCUCUUAGGGACCCUAAAGUCUGGAUCCUUACUAUCGCCCAUCACGCCUUUAUUGGAGCUGGAGGAUUCCAAAACUUUUACCCAACUCUCACCAGAACACUCGGGUUUACUGACGAAGUGUCGUUGCUCCUGGUCGCGCCACCCUACAUCUUCAUGGCCUUCUAUUGCGCCUUCCACUCUUGGCUUUCCGAUAAAGUGCAGAAUCGAUAUUGGUUCUUUAUGUCUAAGCGCGCCGCCGCACUCGGGUUCAUGAAUGCAGUGGCGAAUGCCGCCAGCAUCUGGACUUCUUACACGUAUUUCGAUAGUCAAGGAGACCGCUAUCCUGUUGCCCUUGGAAUCGUCAUCGCUUUAAUGGUGGCUUCUGGAAUAGGCGCUACUUUACAGAGAUUUAUUCUUGUUCGCGAGAAUAAGCGCCUUGAAGCCCUUGAAAGAGAUGAUACGGCGCUUAGCAAGAAGGAGACGGAGAGGCUGCAGGCUAUUGCGGCCGUGAAUGGGGUUGACCUUGAUACAGCUCGACAACAACAAAAGGGGUUUCGCUACUUAAUCUGA